AGCUUUCAUCAUAGCAAGUCCUGAAACUUUCUCUGCAAGUGUUUUAUUGUUCAUCAUCUUAAUUCGUCUUGAGAGUGUAGGACACAAAGCACAAAUGUCUAAUCAGUUCACGAGAUUUUUCAUUUUUCUCUCUCUUUUAGCCUUUGCUCCCAGCUUUUGCUUCUCUAGCAAGAGUAGUUCCACUAAUGGCGGUUCUCUCUCCCCACACUUUUACGACCAUUGUUGCCCAAAAGCUCAAGAGAUCGUAAAGUCCAUUGUGGCCAAGGCUGUGGCCAAAGAAGCUCGCAUGGCAGCUUCAUUGCUUAGGCUUCAUUUCCACGAUUGCUUUGUCCAGGGCUGCGACGCAUCUCUGCUGUUAGACAGCAGCGGAAGCAUAGUCAGUGAGAAGGGGUCGAAUCCUAACCGGAACUCGGUACGAGGGUUUGAUGUCUUGGACCAGAUUAAAUCUGCAUUGGAGAAAGAGUGCCCUCAUACUGUAUCUUGUGCUGACAUUGUGGCGCUUGCUGCUAGAGACUCCACUGUUCUAGCCGGUGGACCCAGCUGGGUGGUUCCAUUAGGAAGAAGGGACUCCAGAAGUGCAAGCUUGAGUGGCUCCAAUAACGACAUUCCUGCUCCAAACAACACUUUCCAGACUAUUCUCACCAAGUUCAGGAGACAAGGGCUUAACGUUGUCGAUCUUGUUACUCUAUCUGGGAGUCACACGAUCGGAAAUUCCCGAUGCACCAGCUUCAGACAGAGACUGUACAACCAGUCAGGCAAUGGGCAGCCGGACAACACACUUAAUCCAUCCUAUGCUGCCCAAUUGAGAAGGAGAUGCCCAAGAUCCGGUGGUGACCAGAACCUGUUUUUCUUGGAUUUUGUUAGCCCCACCAAGUUUGACAACAGCUACUACAAAAACCUGUUGGCUUUCAAAGGCCUGUUGAGCUCUGACCAAAUUCUCCUAACAAAGAGCCAAACAACUAUGAAACUGGUUAAGCAAUACGCAGAGAACAGUAAGCUUUUCAUGGAGCAGUUCGCUAAGUCCAUGAUUAAGAUGGGAAAUAUUUCUCCAUUGACAGGCAGUUCAAGGGGAGAGAUUAGAAAGAACUGCAGGAAGAUUAACUCCUGAUUUUUAUUUAUUAAUUAUAUAAUUACUGCAUGCAUGCACUACUUCCAUUGGGAAAAAAACUCAAAAUUAUUGUGUACCUUGGGCAUCGAUCCAGUCUGUUGUUCCCCGACUUUUUUUGGUGUGUAUUGUUGGACUUUUAGCUAAUUAAUUUGCGAAAUAAUAUA